AUGGUUACAGUUCAACAGAGUAGCGAACUCAAUGCCCUCUUCCCCUCCCCAUCUUCCCCGCCAAAUGUGCUUUCCCCUCCGCGGUCGCCUGGCGCUUCUCCAGAAGCAGUUGUAGCUUUGUCACAGGUCUUGAAGGAGAACUACACAAAGUACCACAUUUUCUUCAACUACAAGCGGUUCCAUAACCAUGUCACUCAUCGCGCGCUAGCACUUUUUGUCAUGGGCGCGAGUGGGUCACUGAUCGAACAGUUCUACAAGCAAGACAGCUCCUACCAGCGCCCAGCCGUCGAGCCUCCCGAAGCUGUCACAGAAGAGAACUUUAUCGAACAUCUAGGUGAUGACAACUUUUACGCCGCGUACAAAUCCUUCUUCAUCAAGGUUAUCCAGGACAAGGGCCUCAGCGCCACGCUGGAAGAAUACGUAUUCUCUAAGAAGUACAACUUUAUAGAGGGACGAGACGCGUUUAACCAGCCGGUGAUGUUGGCGCGCUUCCUUGGAGGUUUGUUCCACGCCUUCAUCCAUGUAGGCUAUGGCGCAGAAUUAGGUAUUCAGGGCAUGGUCGUCGAAGGUCUUGCAUUGGCCAGCGUGCACGAGCAUGAGUUCUUACCAUCGUAUCUCUUCGAGCCCAGCGGCACGACUGCAGUGGAAGAGGUUACAACUCGACUUACCUCGCUUGUCCUUAAUUCAAAGACAUCUACUACGCCCUCUCAAGUCAAACAACCACCGAAAAACCACGCAUUCUCCAUUCUUGCCAAGAUCAUGCAAGAUCCGAAAUUCACACCACAGGAAAUCAAGAAGUAUUUCAAAAAUUUUGAUGGCCUGAUGUCUGAGCAUGGUGAUAUUAUAUGGCGCUACGCUGAACAAUGGACGAUCGACCCGUCGCAGCCAGGCGAAAUUGAAGAUAAGAUGGAAGAAUGUAUCUGGACAAGCACUAUCCUCUACUGCAUUGGCGGAUGGAACAAAGAUAAAGGCUUAACAGCAGACUUCACCUACAUGCAUCUCGUCACGUCUAGUCUCUUCCUUCCAUCCUUGUUGCCUUACCUACCAAAACAUUCACAAGUUCUUGUGCUUCGCGGAUACUUUGCGUCGACUAUUGGGUGGUGGAUCGCACUCGGCUUCCCUAGACUGGACAUUCAAGGCUUCCUCAGUGCCACCUCACCUCUUCCGUCAGAUAUAAAGGUCGCUAACCCGUUCCUCGACAUCAUUCAAUCUGCGAUAAUGCACUCAAACGAACAUAUGCCAAAGAUUCAGCGCGCCUUGGCACAUUUCUCGUCACUUUAUGGCACACGGCCCAAGGGCUACUUCAAGGACACAGAAUUAGAGGGCGCAGAAGCGCUAGAUGGAUCGCUCUUCUUUUGGGCUGCGAAAUUGACUGACGAGUAUAUGAGCGAAGGGAGGCCCUGGAGCCAAGAAGGGUUUCCUGUGAAGGAUUAG